AUUGCUGUCAGUACCCUACAUUUUGCUGUAGUGUAUUGUAGGCGUUGUCGUUGCUUUAAACUUCGUCGUCCUCCGGGUUCUUUAAAGUUAUUUUUCUUUAAGAAGCUAACAAACCAACACCGCAACAAUGGCUUUAAGCGACGCUGAUGUCCAAAAACAGAUUAAGCAUAUGAUGGCUUUCAUCGAACAAGAAGCCAACGAGAAAGCUGAAGAAAUCGAUGCGAAAGCUGAGGAAGAAUUUAAUAUCGAAAAAGGGCGUCUCGUUCAGCAACAACGCCUCAAGAUUAUGGAAUAUUAUGAGAAAAAAGAGAAACAAGUUGAAUUACAAAAGAAAAUUCAAUCUUCGAACAUGUUGAACCAAGCCCGUUUGAAAGUGUUGAAGGUUCGUGAGGAUCAUGUGCGAAAUGUCCUUGAAGAAGCGAGGAAAAGAUUAGGUGAAGUUACUAAUAAUUCUGCAAAGUAUAAAGAAAUUCUUAGUACUUUGAUUUUACAAGCUUUGUAUCAGUUAUUUGAAACUAAUGUAAGCGUUAGAUGCCGCACUCAAGAUAAAAGUUUGGUGGAAAGUGUAUUUUCCGAAACUGCCGCAACAUACAAAACCAAUACAGGAAAAGAUAUUAAUUUAAAAAUCGAUAAUGAAAAUCCUCUUCCUGCCGAUACAACAGGAGGUGUUGAUUUGGUAGCUCAUCAAGGGAAAAUAAGGAUAUGUAAUACUUUGGAAGCUCGUUUAGAGUUGAUUGCCCAACAAUUGGUUCCGGAGAUUCGUACAGCUUUGUUUGGUCGCAACGUUAACCGCAAAUUCAACGAUUAAAUGUGCAGUAUUAUCACAAAUAAAGUAAUAUAAACAUCCCAAUUGUAGCCACUGUUGUAUGUACACAGAAUUUGUAAAUAAUUUUGUCGAAAAUUUGUGUAAAAACAAAAUAUUCCAUUCACUUGUAGGAUAGUUGAUUUUUGUCCGUUUUAGUUUGCAAUUUUUUUUCUUUAAAAUGUUUAAGCGUUAUUGUAAGGCUAAAUACAAGCUUUUUGGAACAUUGUAAUUAUAAAAUAAUGUAUUACUAAAAUAACGCAUGUUGUUACAGUAAAUAAUAAAUAAAACAUGUUGAUUUAGA